UGUGAGUCGGAGGUGGAGAACUGAUCUCAGAGUCGCUGCAGUGUGAAGUCUUUCUCCCCCAACACACUCACACACACCACUGCGAUGUCACAGCUUUCCAACAGCUCAGUCCGAGAACACAUGAAAUGGGCUGGACUACUGGGCUGUGAGGCAGUUCUUUCCAGCAUGGCUCUGAUGCAGGCCACUUCCCCAGCCAACCAUAAAAAGAUGACCUCGCCACUGGGUCACAACCGGAACCCCAGUCACAACCACAACCAGACUCAUAACCAGGAUAACCAAGAUGCCCACAGUCACCACAGUCACCACAGUCACAUGGUGCUGCCCUCUGGAGUCAGCUGCUCACCCAUGCUGGUUAAUAAGGACGGAGAGUUCCACUCAUCCCGGCUGCUGGAGGAGAAGGACAUGCAGACAAGCCAGAGUUUACAGCUAAAGAAGAAGAACAGGAAGUCUGGAACGCCUGUCAAAGUGAGAGAAAAGUCUCAGGUAGAACUGGCUGAGCAGAACGAUGACAGUUCACUCAACUCCCAAGUCCAGAAGAACUUCAUCUGUGAUCACUGCUACGGAGCGUUCAGGAGCAGUUACCAUCUGAAACGGCACAUUCUCACCCAUACAGGUGAGAAGCCAUUUGGCUGUGACAUGUGUGAGAUGCGGUUUAUUCAGCGCUACCACUUGGAGAGACACAAACGAGUGCACAGUGGAGAGAAACCUUAUCAGUGUGACCGCUGUCAGCAGAACUUCUCCAGAACCGACCGGCUACUUAGGCACCGGCGCCUGUGUGCUGUUGGCGUUCCUAAAGAGGAGAACACAUCAUGCUGUGAAAACCAGUCAUAUUCACAAGAACCUGCACAGCAGUCAUGGAGCCCCUUGCAGCCCAACACCAGCAGCAGCCGGCUGGCAGUGUGACAGAGUUCAGCUCAGCCAGAGAGGAGCAAACCUGGUGCAACCACUUGGGGGCGCUUUUCUGCAUCAGACUUAUCUCGGAGCUUCAGGGGAAAAACUCUUUAGCCUCUUUAGUCUUUAGCUCCAGCCCUACUUAGUUACAAUCAGUGAUUGUUUUUCAGACUGGUGUGAGCUAGUAGGGGAGUAUUUUUGUUUGUUUGUAUUUUUUACGUAGCUAGUUCCAGCCCCUGGAAGGGCUGGUGUAGUUUCUUACACUGCACAGGCAAUAAUUACUGAGCUUUGUUACUGAUUAGAGGAUCGUUCUACAUCCUUUAAGGGUUUUAAUGAAUGGAUAGAGUGUUUCAUUGCUAUAGAGGUCUUAUAGAGCCAGAACAAACUAUGAACAGCUUGUCAGUCUUUGUGUUAUGGAGUUUUGAUUGCUCCAUUCUCUGUUGUCAUAACCGCUAUACAACAGAAUAACCAGCAAUUAUUACAAACAGUACUAAUGUGCAUAAAACUCAGAACAACAGCUAUAAGUACUUUUUUCUGUCAUGAGUUAAAGGAAGAUGUCUGCAACUGUAGCACAUAGCUGGGGACAAAAAAAUUGUAAUUCCAGAGUCACAGAGAGAUUGUUCAUCUGCAAUAAUGACUGACAAGUGAGUAAAUACUUCAGUCUAAUUUUAAACACCAGACAGCAAAAUAGCACUACUUAAAUAUGUUUUUUACAAGUGACUUGCUUAGUAUUUUUCUUUUUUCAUAUCACAUUAGCCUUGUGCAAGGAAAAAAGAUCAACUCUUACCAGAGUGUGUUGAUUAUGUCUGUGAGUUCAUUUCACUGUAUUAAUUUGAAUAUGAUUUUAGUAUUGGUAGGCGUAAAUCUACACAUUUUACUUAAACUCGGCUAAUGCAAGCAUGCAGUGUCGUGCCGGGUCGUAUUAUUUGUUUGCAGGGUUGGAAUGAAUUAAUCAGUAACAAUGGUUUUGCUCUUGUUUUAAAAUAAGGAUGAUCUCAAUUUGUCACCUUUUUCUUUAGUGUUUUACAAAAACACUAUUUACGUAACUAUUUGUACCCAUGAAAGAGAGGGCUGGGAAAACAUUUUUACUGAGCACAUCCACCUAGUCAAGAUGUUUUUGUUUGUUUCUUUUUGUUGCCUUGAAAAAGAAAAUCCUGAUGCAAAAACAUGCCAUUAAAUUUUGUGUCUGAUUUAUAUGAA